GGCCGGCGCAGUGGGCGGGCCUGGCGGCGGCCACAGCACUGCACAGAGGAGGCUGGGCUGGUUAGCAGUAGCAGCGGCGAUUGGGGCGGCUGUGGAGGCCACUCGGGAACUGACUUGAGGGCCGACGGGUUGCGGUGGCGUGGAGCAGCCUCUUUGCGCAGCGCAGCACCCCCUGGGCAGCGGCGGGCCGACGCUCUGCUUGCCGGCGAACUGCGGCGGGCACACCCAGGCGCAGCGGUGACUGUAUACAGGUUAGAGUGGGGGCAGGGGCGGACGUGGGAGCAGCCGGGGACCAGAGAGGUAGCUUGAGCCCGGCCAUCUCCAGCCAUGUCUGACGAAGCGUCGGCCACCACUUCGUAUGAGAAGUUUCUGACGCCCGAGGAGCCCUUCCCGCUUCUGGGACCCCCUCGAGGUGUGGGCACCUGCCCGAGCGAGGAGCCGGGCUGUCUGGACAUCAGCGACUUCGGCUGCCAGCUGUCGUCUUGCCAUCGCACCGACCCGCUCCACCGCUUUCACACCAACAGGUGGAACUUAACUUCUUGUGGAACAAGUGUUGCCAGCUCAGAAUGCAGUGAGGAGCUGUUUUCAUCAGUUUCUGUUGGAGAUCAAGAUGAUUGCUAUUCCCUGUUAGAUGAUCAAGACUUCACUUCUUUUGAUUUAUUCCCUGAGGGGAGUGUCUGCAGUGAUGUCUCUUCUUCUAUUAGCACAUACUGGGAUUGGUCGGACAGUGAGUUUGAAUGGCAGUUACCAGGCAGUGACAUUGCCAGUGGGAGUGAUGUGCUUUCUGAUGUCAUACCAAGUAUUCCAAGUUCACCUUGCCUGCUUCCUAAAAAGAAAAACAAGCACCGGAAUUUAGAUGAACUUCCUUGGAGUGCAAUGACAAAUGAUGAGCAGGUGGAAUAUAUUGAGUAUCUGAGUCGUAAAGUCAGUACUGAGAUGGGUCUUCGGGAGCAACUUGAUAUUAUUAAAAUAAUUGAUCCUUCUGCUCAAAUCUCCCCUACAGACAGUGAGUUUAUUAUUGAACUUAACUGUCUUACAGAUGAAAAACUGAAGCAGGUCAGAAACUACAUCAAGGAGCAUAGCCCUCGCCAACGGCCUGUAAGAGAAGCCUGGAAGAGAAGCAACUUUAGUUGUGCGAGCACCAGUGGAGUGAGCGGUGCCAGCGCCAGCAGCAGCAGUGCCAGCAUGGUCAGUUCUGCAAGCAGCAGUGGGUCCAGUGUCGGAAACUCCGCUUCAAACUCCAGUGCCAACAUGAGUCGAGCGCACAGUGACAGCAACCUGUCUGCAAGUGCAGCAGAGCGGAUUCGGGAUUCAAAAAAGCGAUCCAAACAACGGAAGUUGCAGCAGAAGGCCUUACGCAAGAGGCAGCUGAAAGAGCAGAGGCAGGCUCGGAAGGAGAGGCUCAGUGGGCUCUUCCUUAACGAAGAAGUGCUGUCCUUGAAAGUGACUGAGGAAGACCACGAAGCAGAUGUAGAUGUUUUGAUGUAAUAAGAGUGAAGUUAUCAGCAUUCUUUCUAAGCAUUAAAGCAUUCUAUUCUUAUUUGUUUACAUGCA